AUGGCUACCGCAACUGUCGUCGCGCAGCCGCUGCCGGCCCUCGCCGAGGGCUGGACGGCUGAGAAGGACUUCCAGGCCAUCGGCCAGCUGUCCGCCGCCACCCAGCGCACCAUCGAGCCCGUCGGCCCUCACUUCCUGGCCCACGCCCGCCGCGCCCGCCACAAGCGUACGUUCUCUGAGGAUGAUCGCAUCCAGGCUCAGGAGGCCGUCAAGAACGUCGAGUCUGAGGAUCUCGGUGAGAUCAGCGAGGCCGAGGACCCCAUGGAUCUCGCCCGCGACGCCAAGGACUGGAAGAACCAGGACCACUACCAGGUUCUCGGCCUUUCCAAGUACCGCUGGAAGGCCACAGAGGACCAGAUCAAGCGUGCCCACCGCAAGAAGGUUCUCAAGCACCACCCCGACAAGAAGGCUGCGGCCGGUAUCCAGGACGACGACAACUUCUUCAAGUGCCUUCAGAAGGCCAACGAGGUGCUGAUGGACCCCAUUAAGCGCCGCCAGUUCGACUCCGUCGACGAGAAGGCCGAGGUCGACCCCCCCACGAAGAAGCAGGUCGCCAAGGGCAACUACUACAAGCUGUGGAGCAACGUCUUCAAGGCCGAGGGUCGCUUCUCCAAGGAGCAGCCUGUGCCCACGUUCGGUGGCGAGAAGGCUACCCAAGAGGAGGUCGAGACUUUCUACAACUUCUGGUACAGCUUUGACAGCUGGCGCACGUUUGAGUACCUCGACGAGGAUGUGCCUGACGACAACGAGAACCGUGACCAGAAGCGUCACGUGGAGCGCAAGAACGCCAACGCGCGCAAGAAGAAGAAGGUCGAGGACAACGCCCGCCUCCGCAAGCUGCUUGACGACGCUUCGGCUGGUGACGAGCGCAUCAAGCGCUUCCGCCAGGAAGCCAACGCGGCCAAGAACAAGAAGAAGGCCGACAAGGAGGCUGCCGAGAAGAAGGCCAUCGAGGACGCCAAGGCGAAGAAGGACGCCGAGGAGCAGGCUGUUCGUGAUGCUGAGGCUGCUGCCAAGGCUGACCGUGACUCGGCCAAGAAGAACAAGGAGGCGGCCAAGAACGCUGUCAAGAAGAACAAGCGUAUCCUCAAGGGAUCUGUCAAGGACGCCAACUACUUCGCGUCCGGCGAGCCCUCGGCUACCGAUGUCGACCUUGUCCUUGGCGACGUUGACCUUGUCCAGGGCAAGAUUGACGCUGACGAGAUGGCUGCACUCGCGGGCAAGCUCAACGGUCUUACUGUCGCCGGUGAGAUCAAGGGCGUGUGGAGUGCCGAGGUCAAGCGUCUUGUCGACGCUGGCAAGCUGAAGGAGGGUGAGGCGAAGACCCUUGUUUAA